AUGACACGAUCAUUAUCACCGUCGUCGUCGAACUCUCUGCCAAAGGAAAAAUCGAGUGACGACAUCGCGUCAACAUCAUCCCCACAACAACACCAACAACCACCACGAGAUGUGGAAGCCGCAGAGAUAGCCAAAGAAAAGGCAGAAGGUGAUCCUUUUCUUGUAGGAUGGGAUCCAGGCGAGGAGAAUUAUCCAAUGAACUGGUCAUCUGGAUACAAGGCCUUCAUUACUUUCGUCCUCGGCAUGCUCGCCUUGGCCGCCAGUCUUGGUUCAUCUAUCAUUUCACCCGCCGAAGAACAAAUUGCAGAAUACACUGGCAUUUCUGGAGAGGUCGCAGUCUUGGUCAUUUCCCUUUACAUCAUCGGUUUUGCUGUAGGCCCUCUCAUCUGGGCCCCCACGUCAGAAGUCUGGGGUCGUAGAAUCAGUAUGUUGCCCGCAAUGGUCGCACUCGGUCUCUUCAGCAUAGGCACCGCUGUUGGCAAGAACGCUCAGACUAUUAUGAUCUGUCGUUUCUUCUCGGGCGUGUUUGGAUCCGCUCCCGUUUCGAACGUCAGCGCCGCCCUCGGCGACAUGUAUUCUGCCAAACCACGCGGCACGGCUGUAACUUUCUACGCUGUAGCUGUGGUCGGCGGUCCUACAGUCGGACCAAUUAUUGGUAGUGCACUUACUGUCACCAUUGGUUUCAGAUGGCCGUCGUAUAUUCUCGCCAUCUGGGUUUUCGCCGUCACCGUGCUCGGCUUCUUCUGCCUACCAGAGACAUACUCUCCCGUCCUUUUGAAGAAAAAGGCGCAGCGUCUACGAAAGGAGACUGGCGAUUCACGAUGGCACCAUCCUCACGAGGAUGUCAAGCUGGAUGUCAAAUCAGUGGUUACGAAGCACCUGGCAAGACCUAUUAUCAUGCUCACGACGGAACCGAUGGUCACCUGUAUUGCCUUCUAUGCGUCGUUCGUGUAUGGAAUUCUGUACAUGACCCUCGAGGUAUUUCCUAUCGUGUUCGAGCAGAACAGAGGGUGGCCUUUGAUCACAAGCACACUGCCGUUCCUCUCCCUUUUCGUGGGUGUGCUUUUCGCUGUUCUGAUCAAUCUGGCCAACCAGCCGAGGUACGCUCGUGCCGUUGACGCCAAUGGGGGCAGACCUGUACCAGAGGCCCGGCUGCUGCCGAUGAGCAUAGGCGGUGUUCUAUUUACCAUCGGCUUAUUCUGGUUCGGCUGGACUUCUGAUCCAUCAAUCCCGUGGCCCUCUUGCGUCGUUGCAGCGGCUUUCAUAGGAGCAGGCUUCAACAUCAUUUUCCAGCAAUGCAUCAACUUCCUUGUGGAUACGUAUUUGCUUUACGCGGCGUCGGCAGUCUCGGCCAACACAUUCCUGCGCAGCAUUAUCGCAGGAGGCCUUCCACUCGCUGCUAGGCCGAUGUUCAACAAUCUGGGGGUUGGACCAGCGAUGAGCAUCCUUGGUGGAGUCGCCGCAUUAGCGUUGCCUGUGCCUUUUAUCUUCAUGAAGUAUGGAUUGAAGCUUAGGAAGAUGUCAAAGUUCGCUCCAGUACACGAGGACUGA